CUACUUUCACUUUAGUUUAGCUCUCUGAAGAAAGCAGAUAACACGCAUCUGUGUGUCAUCCCCACGUUCUGUAAAACAUAUCAAAGAGGAUCCAAUCGACCAUGAUGCUUGCUUGGUGUCUAGCAGCCCUGGUAGCUGUCUCCUUUGCAGCUGAUUCCAAACACACUCCCCCCAAGGUUCAGGUGUACAGCCACAAUCCAGGAGAGUUCGGGAAAGACAACACCCUGAUCUGCCACGUGACUGGCUUCCACCCCCCUGACAUCACCAUCCAGGUCAUGAAGGAUGGGGUGGAGCUCCCCAACGCCAAGCAGACCGACCUGGCCUUCAAACAGGACUGGCACUUCCAUCUGACAAAGAGUGUGCCCUUCACACCCAUGGACGGAGAGAAGUACACCUGCAAAGUCACUCAUGGAAGCACCGUGAAAGACUAUGCCUGGGAGCCAAACAUGUAACCGUCAGCAGGCCCAGACUGGGUGCUGCCACCUUGUUUUUCUCUGUCCAGAUCGACGCCGGAUGUUUUGGGCCCCCAUCCGGCAAAUAAUUCUUCACAUCUCCAAUUAACAGGAUCACAGUUUCUCCGGACAUCCUCGCUUUUCUUUUCACAAAACAACAAAAAUCAAUAUGAUAUUCAGGGGGAAUUUUCAUUUACUAAUUUAAUGUGAGAGACUGCAUGGGCUGCGGGGACAUUUAGACAUUUUGUAAUGUAGCGGUGUGUUGCUUAGAUUGCUUAUAUUCCAGCCUUUGAUAAUGAAAUGUAUGUACAGUCUAUUAAAAUAAAGUGAUAGAAGUUAGUUUUUUCUGUACACAACUCUUUCCUGUACCUAAACGAGGCAAUCAAAUUGUAAUUGGUCAGAGUUAUAAAUACACAAAUUGAGUUUUCUUUCCGGACCAAGUAAAAGUUGUGUUAAACUAUUUUGAUUUGUGAUUUAAGGUAGGGCGAUUUGUCAGUGCCCUCUAUUAAAUAAAAUGCCUCAUAAAAAUGC